GCAGCUCACAGACCCAUGAAAUUUUUCAACAACUCCAGCACCAUCACUGGCUUCAUCCUCCUGGGCUUCCCUGGCCCCAGAGAGAAGCAGGUCCUCCUCUUUGUGCUCUUCUCUGUUGUCUUCCUCCUGACCCUCAUGGGCAAUGGUUCGAUCAUCUGUGCUGUGCACUGGGAUCAGAGACUGCACACCCCCAUGUACAUCCUGCUCGCCAACUUCUCCUUCCUGGAGAUCUGGUAUGUCACCUCCACUGUCCCAAACAUGUUGGCUAACUUCCUCUCUGACACCAAGGUCAUCUCCUUCUCUGGAUGCUUUCUCCAGUUCUAUUUUUUCUUCUCCUUGGGUUCUACAGAAUGCUUUUUCUUGGCUGUUAUGGCAUUUGAUCGAUACCUUGCCAUCUGCCAGCCUCUACACUACCCAACCAUUAUGACUGGACGUCUCUGCACCAAUCUUGUGGUCAGCUGCUGGGUACUUGGCUUCCUCUGGUUCUUGAUUCCUAUCACUAUUAUUUCCCAAAUGUCCUUCUGUGGCUCCAGGAUCAUUGACCACUUCCUGUGUGACCCAGGUCCUCUGUUGGCCCUCACCUGUACCAGAUACCCUGCAAUAGAGUUAACUAGCUCCACCUUAAGUUCUCUGCUCUUAUUUAUUCCCUUUAUUUGUAUCAUGGUGUCCUAUUCUCUGGUUCUACAAGCUGUGUUGAGGGUUCCCUCAGCAGCUGGACGAAGAAAGGCUUUCUCCACCUGUGGAUCCCAUCUGGCUGUGGUUUCUCUUUUCUAUGGCUCAGUGAUGGUCAUGUAUAUAAGCCCAACAUCAGAACAUAAAGCUGGAAUGCAGAAGAUAAUGACUUUGCUUUAUUCUGUAGUUACUCCACUCAUUAACCCUGUAAUAUAUAGCUUGAGGAACAAAGAUAUGAAAUAUGCGAUAAAGAAAUUAUUUGGGAUAGAAACAGAGGCACAGAUACAUGGAACAGUCUGACAGCUGUCAGAGGGAAGGUUGGGAGGAUUUAAUGAAAGAAGAUGAAGUGAUUAGUCAAAGAACAUAUAUGCAUAACUCAUGGACACAGACAACAGUGUGGUGAUGUCAAGAGGGAAGAGGGG